GUAGAAAGAUAGUAGGAUGGAUGAAGAAGCGGAGUCGAAGUUCUUAUCAUGAGACACCCCUAAAAUUGAUAACCUGCUGUGAUAGGCAGGUACCUACGAAAGAUAAACGAAUUGUGCUAAAUCCGCCCCAUUCCGGCAUUGUAUAAAAGUAUUGAUGUAACAUCUGACUAAUGAACAUUCCUCGAGUAUCCAGACCGUUGGAGACGAACUCAGUCUCCAUCCGGCUUCAACACCGCUUCACCUACUUUUUGAGAAAGCCAUAAUGUCUUCGCAGUACGAGAGACACUCUGCUAAUGAUGCAGACGCGGUUAAGAAGACCUGUUCGACUUAUGGGUUGACGAAGGAGGAGUUUGGUGAAUUACAUCAGCGAGCCGUUGCCGCCAAAUCAACAGCUUACUGUCCAUACAGCCAAUUCCGAGUUGGAUCAGCAAUCAUCUCAGUUGACGGCGCCUAUUUCAGCGGAGCCAAUGUUGAGAAUGCCUCGUACCCGGUCGGAACGUGUGCUGAACGCGUAGCUUUCGGCAAGGCUGUUACCGAAGGACACCGAAAGAUGAAGGCUGUAGCCGUGUCAACAGAUAUAGCUCCUCCGGCCAGUCCUUGCGGCAUGUGUCGCCAGUUUAUCCGUGAAUUCUGUGAUCUUUCCGUUCCAAUCAUUAUGUUCGAUAAGAAUGACGACUAUACGGUAUUACGUCUUGAACAGUUGUUACCCUUGUCUUUUGGACCCGAAGCACUUCCUCCGCCGGGAUCGCGCUCUACUUGAGUCGAUGCAUUGGAGAAGUUUCAGCAUACGGGCUUGCAGAUCUUUUGCCAGGGACCUUUUUC